UGUCCGACACAUUUAUGAAUUUAAAUAGAAACUUUUUGAAUAUAUGAAUGAAAUGAUUAGCGAUUAGUUGCAUCGCAUUCGAUGUUAAUAAUUUCACAACAAAAUGUGGAACAGAAUGCUCACGAGAUUUUUUAGUACAAUUAUUAAAAAUCAGAGAGUGCAGAAAAAGAUCUAUAAGGAUUCGACACUAAGCGUAACUGCUGUUUUUAAAACAAGUAUGUGCACUGACAUUUUUGAUAUCAACCUUCUCUCUCCAGAAGAUAAAAAUAAAAUACUGCAAGUAAUAAAUAACAAAACCACAGAAGAUUUAUUACAAUAUUCCAUUACUAAGAAGCGUGCACAGAAAUUAGAAUCAUAUCGUGAAAAUAAUGGACCGUUUGAAUCAUUGGAUGAUUUAUUACAAGUAAAGGGUAUGAAAAACAGAUGGCUAUAUAAUUUUUACAAAUCAAUUAUAUAUGGCAAGAAAAGGAAAAAUCCUAAGAAGACUAUGUCAACCCUAAUUAUAACUCCACGAAGUAUUGGAAAUAAUCAUAAAAAUGUUAACACAGUCUUAGGCAUAUACGUAGGACAUGACAUCAUAAGUUGGUCAUUAUUAAAUCGCAAUUGUGAAGUAUUACAGUGGAGCUAUAAAUCUUUUCCACGAAAAGAAAAAAAAGAAAAUAUUCUUUCUUUACUUCAAACAACACUACCAAUUGCUAAAAAAUUACCGAAGGCCGAUCAGUAUAUAAUGCAAGAGAUCGGUAGUGGUGUGAAUCAUAUACAAAACAUUCGGUUUUAUCAAAAUUGUACACAACAGUCUUUAAUAGGCGCUAUCAUUUUGUCUCACCUGACGAUAGUUGAUAGUAAAUUUAAUGAUACCACAGAGUUUGUGGCAAAUAACAUCUAUAUACUUCGACAGCGUGUAUUACGGAAAAUCUAUGGACUUGUAAUAGACAACGAGACGAUUUCCACACAAUACAUGCUACAAAAGCUACUACAGGGAAACGAUGAAUUGAUAAAAACAAAGGAACCAAAAGUGUUAAUAAGAGCAGAAUUAAGAAACAUGUAUAACACACAAAGUUCUAUUUGUCAAGAACAGAUUGAUUGCUUACAGCGUACAUAAAGAACAUCUUUUUUAUACAUUGUUCAAUCUAUAUGGCAGAAAAAAGAAAGAGUAAUUCCGAAACUUUUUAAAUCAAUCCUAAAGAAAAUUAUAUUUGCAUCAUAAUCAAGGAAAGAAAUCAAAUGUUAUAAAACAGAAAAUUAACUACAAUUAUUUAGACAUACUGCUGUAAUAAAUGGAUUAAAAUUACAAGAGGAAAUUUGGCAAUUCUCGUAAUACGCAAAACAUUCAGCUUCAUUUUUCAUUUAAAAUAAUUUAUUUAUAGUGACGAGAAUCGAAAGUGCGUAAACGUGAGUUACCAAUAAUAAUAAAUACAAUAGACUUCUGUACAGGUCCAUUCAUUUAUUAUAUUCUCACUUUUUAUUAUGCUAUCUAUUUAUAGUAUACCAAGUGUAUAUUGUUGUUCGCUGCUCGAAUACAAACUCGCAUCCGGUUAUUUCAUAUAAGAUUGUACAACGUACCGGGGCGUUUGCCAGAAAAAUAGGAUCACCCGGACGAUAUUUUGCAGAACCACCGAAUGAGUAUACAACAGUAAGAGGCGAAGCCUCGCGAAUGGGACACGAGAAGUUUCCUGGCGAACUAAAUAUAUAUCCUUCUAUAGAAUUCUUCAUGCCGAGAUGAAAUCACGACGACUGUGAGAUACGGUGUUAUACGGGGAAAAUAUCAAAUGCCCCGCUACUUAAUCUCGGGCAGUGACGCUGUGUGACAAGCGUGUACGAAAUGUUAGCUGAUCAAGCAUAAAGGGAGACACAUCGAAUAUUUAUUUUCCACUGUAUGCAUCUGAGAUUUGACUUUGGAUUACAACCGCGCUUAGGCUCCAUCGCGAAAAUACGCACAUGAACUUCCGAGCUCAGUUUACGCGCGUCGAGUAUCGCGGAAAGGAUUUGGAAGCUGUUUAAAGGGAAUGUUGUGAUGAUAAAAGUGAAUACAAUAGCGAACUGCAAUGAUGACUAUAAAAACGCGAAGAUCAUAAUAUUAUGCAAUUUAGGAGGUCCGCUUUGUGUAAAUUGCUCUCUUUGUUCUGUUAAGCACAACCUUUAAAACAGCAUCCAAUUUUUUUACGACAACCUGUACGAGAAGAUAAGUAUAAUGAUAAUUACAUCAACUGUAUGCAUGAACAAUCUCAUUCGAUUAAUUUCAGUUUGUCAAUAUGGCUGUGCAUGUCAGUAUUAGUAUAUAUUAUUGAACAUAUAUAGAUAUGCUAUUGAGAAUCUGUUCUCCACUUUUAUAUCGAGCAGAGAAAUAUUUAGAAAAUAUAAACUAUUAAAUAUUUAACAAGAAAGAAUUUGGCAUGAUAAUUAAUAAUUAAUUAAAUCAGGAUCAUUUUUUAAGAAGAUUCGAAUCUUUUAGUUUCAACGAACGUUAUAUGAAAAUAUAUCUAAAGACAUUAUUUGCUACAAACCGUCAAAUAAAAUAUAUAAUUCAACGAGAAACAUAAUUAGCUACUAGAUAUCGCUGAGAUACAAGCACACAAAGGCGAGUUUUCUGAUUUUCAAUUAUCGAUUGGGCUAGCUUGAGCUAUAUAAUGUAAGCAUAAUUGUAUUACAUCAUAAAUAUUACAACACUGCGUCUGCGACGAGAUUUGUUUUCUGUAUAAAUGAAGUUAUAUAUAUUAUCGGAAAAAUAAAAUGAAACUAGACGACAUGUGACGCGCGUCUUACAAAUUUAUAUUA